UACAGGAAAUCGCUCCUCGCUCUUUCUCUGGGAGGACAGCUCGUGUGCGGUUACUGUGCUGUUCUGACUGACUUAUUGGCGGAGUAAUGGCGGACACUUUGACACUUUUUACUUCAAUUGGUCUCAGCGAGCAGAAGGCGAAAGAAACUCUAAAGAAUGAAGCGUUGAGUUCUGCCCUGAAGGACGCAAUUACCCAGGCUCAACGUGCUAAUGAAGCAUCAGGAGUGGACAAAGCCAUGGGGACAAUGCUGUAUAGUUUGGCAUCUCGCCUUAAAGACUACAAACGCUUGGCAUUUCUGUCAGACUGCAUUGCCCAGCGAAAACUUUGCACAGAGUUGCAACUUGCAGCUGCUUUGGACUUUGUGAAGAGUCACCCCCAAGAUCCCAUCAGUCAGAAGGAGUUUGAUGAAGCAUGUGGUGUGGGCGUCGUCAUAACCCCAGAGCAGAUUGAGGAUGCAGUAGAGUCUAUAAUCAGGAAGCACAAGGAGCAACUGUUAAAGGAAAGAUAUCGCUUCAACAUGGGGCUGCUAAUGGGAGAAGCACGUUCAGCCCUUAAGUGGGCUGAUGGGAAGGUGAUCAAAAACGAGGUGGACAUGCAGGUUCUGCACCUUUUAGGUCCCAAAACAGAAGCAGAUCUGGAGAAGAAAGCCAAGCCACAAAAGGCAAAAGUCACAGAGAACGACACCAAGCCAAAGAAAGAGGAGGUCACAGCGAAUGGGGAUGUCAUCUCAGGAGAGGGGAGGUCUCUGAUGGAGCAGCUCAGAGGAGAAGCACUGAAGUUUCACAAACCAGGAGAAAAUUACAAGACGGAGGGUUAUGUUGUCACACCAAGCACAAUGGACCUGCUUAAGAAGCACUUGGAGGUCACCGGUGGUCAGAUCCGUACCCGUUUUCCACCAGAGCCCAAUGGGAUCCUUCACAUUGGACAUGCCAAGGCCAUCAACUUCAACUUUGGUUAUGCAAAGGCAAAUGGUGGAAUAUGUUACUUACGGUAUGAUGACACCAAUCCUGAGAAAGAGGAGGAAAAGUACUUCACUGCCAUCAAAGACAUGGUGGAGUGGCUAGGCUACACACCUUACGACGUCACGCAUGCUUCGGACUACUUUCAGCAGCUCUACGACCUUGCUGUGGAUCUCAUCCGCAGGGGUCACGCCUAUGUGUGCCACCAGAAGGGCGAAGAGCUGAAAGGCCACAAUGUUCCCGCAUCGCCAUGGAGAGACCGACCCGUCGAAGAGUCGCUGGUGCUGUUUGAGAGGAUGAAGAAGGGCGUGUUCGCUGAGGGAGAGGUCACUCUGAGGAUGAAGAUGGUCAUGGAGGAUGGGAAGAUGGAUCCUGUGGCGUAUCGCAUCAAAUACACGGCUCAUCAUCGGACAGGAGAUGAAUGGUGCAUCUACCCCACCUACGACUACACCCACUGUCUGUGUGACUCUAUUGAAAACAUCACACAUUCACUGUGCACCAAAGAGUUUCAAGCUAGACGUUCGUCGUAUUACUGGCUGUGUAACGCUCUGGACCUCUACUGCCCUGUUCAGUGGGAAUAUGGACGCUUGAACCUCACUUACACGGUUGUAUCCAAGAGGAAAAUCAUCAAACUAGUUGAGACUGGUGUUGUCAGGGAUUGGGAUGAUCCCAGACUCUUCACUUUGACUGCUUUGAGGAGAAGAGGUUUCCCCCCAGAGGCCAUCAAUAACUUCUGUGCUCGGGUGGGAGUCACCGUUUCCCAGACGACGACAGAACCUCACCUGCUGGAGUCCUGUGUGAGGGAUGUGCUGAAUGACACCGCUCCUCGAGUCAUGGCUGUGCUGGAGCCCCUCAGAGUCACCAUAACCAACUUCCCUGAGAGCUCAGAGUCAGAUGUUCGAGUGCCUAACUUUCCCGCCAACGAGGCGAAGGGCAGCCACACAGUUCCGUUUACACGCACGAUCUUCAUUGAGCAGAGUGACUUCAGAGAGGUGAUGGAGAAAGGCUACAAGAGGCUGACUCCAGAACAGCCUGUAGGCCUGAGGCAUGCUGGGUAUGUCAUCUCAGUUCAGAAGGUCAUCAAGGACUCUCAGGGUAAAGUUGUGGAACUGGAAGUGACUUGCUGCAGAUCUGAGACUGCAGAGAAACCAAAGGCCUUCAUCCACUGGGUCAGCCAGCCGCUGGUGUGUGAAGUUCGUCUCUAUGACAGACUCUUCCUGCACAAGCAUCCAGAGGAUCCAUCCGAAGUGCCCAAUGGCUUCCUCAGUGACAUCAACCCUAAUUCCCUGCAGGUGGUCAGCAGUGCCUUAGUGGACACCUCAGUCAAAGGAGCCAAAGUUCUCGACAAAUUCCAGUUUGAGAGAGUUGGCUACUUCUCCCUGGAUCCUGACAGCACUUCCAGCAAGCUCGUCUUCAACAGAACAGUCACACUCAAAGAGGACCCAGGGAAGAUCUGAGUGGCACAGUAACAAGCUGCACUUCCUGCCUCCCAAGAGCCUUCACAUACAUGAUGAAAUAGUUUGAAUUACUUAUUGUGGAAAAUCAGCAAGGACAGACCACUGGGACUGUGAUCUAGACAUAUUAUAUGCCUUUAUAAUCACCUGCAACUUUUCAGAACCAUAGAUUGUUUUAACAUGGAACUUCAGCAAACACAGAUGCUUGAAUCCAUCUUCAGCGUUUUACCAGUCAGUGUCCUCGUAAAUCUUAUUUUAUUAUGUUUCUGUUGCAGUGCAAAGGCACUUUUCUAUUCGAUAUUUAAGCAGCUUUGAUCAGAUAAGGAUUGGUAAUGGAUUUGUAUUAUUUCCUCUCUGCUGGUUUUUACAUAAGGGAUGCUCUCAAAGGCCAUAUUUGACUUGUUUAAGGUGAUGCCAACCCACCCAGUGUUUUUGACUCAUCAAAUAAACAAUUCUGUUUAAAAAUG